AUGAUUCUAUUUGAAAUGAUAUAGUUGGCGGUUGGCGUUCGUAGCGCGAGGACGUGUACCGUGUUGGUGUACGCCAGGUCUCUGGGCGCAAUUGCAGCGCGGGAAUUGUUGGUUCACUCGCAGUGGAAACAUUGGCUGGAAUACACUAUGUGCGUACAUGGAUCGGAAGCUGGUUAGGGAGAAAAACGAGCCCGUUCGUGGUAAAUGCAAGCAGGAAAAUGGAAAUGAAGUGAAUCAGUUGUCAUAUGCGUAUCAGUGCAGUGGGUGUUUUUUAUCUCCUUCAUCUCGGCGAGUUUAAUUUGCCGUAAUGUGUACAACGAACGGAUGUGAAUGGGCGGUUGUGUAGGCCGUUGGAAAGGACUUGUAGUUAUUGUGGUGUUUUACAAUGCUUUUACACAUCAAUUAAGCAACGCCUAGGAAUUAUGGAAGUGGCAAGAGCAACACUAUCCCGCUUACCCGGUUUCGUCCAGUACCUAGCAUUGGCGGUACUCAUCGAGCAGGCGGGGCAGGCGCUGUCGUCGGAAAAUCUUCAGAUGCCCAACUUUCUGCACGAGCUUCCGUCGAGCGUACUGUUCAGCAACGACACCGGCAACUCGCAGCUCGUCUGCCAGGCCUACGGUGGUCCGCAAAUGAUCAUCCAAUGGAUACUGAAGGAUGGCAGCCUGGUGAGCAGCGUACCGGGGCUGAGGCAAGCGUUGCCAAAUGGAACGCUCUACUUCCCUCCGUUCGCCGGGCAUCUCUUUCGCACGGACGUACACGAUACGACUUAUCGGUGCAGGAUCAGCUACUCCUACUACGUACUGCUCAGCCACGACAUCCGGGUACGGGCAGUGGUACGGCAACCGUACGAGGUAAAGGUGGAGACCACCGAUGUGACGCUCGGCAACACCGCCUUCCUGAAGUGCUUCGUCUCGUCGCACGUGCGGGAAUUCGUCCAUGUGUCGUCAUGGUUCGGCGAGAAGGAAAUGCUUCUUCCCGGCCGGUCCGACAUCGGCACUCGGUAUGUUGUCACAACGCCCGGCGGAGAGCUGUGCAUACGGAACGUCAAUGAGGAGGACAGAUUGAAGCGGUUCUCAUGCGUAACGGUCGACACGCUGACGGGCGAGCGCAAAACAAGCGAAGCCAUCCUGCUCACCCUGAAAGAUAACAUUCCAAACAUGGCGCCAUCCACUAGCCAGAAGUCAGUGAGCGAGCUCAAGGCCGGCAAGGGAGCCAGUGUGCAGUUACCAUGCAAUGUCCAGGGAAAUCCCGUUCCCAGCUUCUCCUGGUUUCGCAUCUCGGACACUGGAUCGUUAUAUACCGUGCCGUCCUCGCAGCGGAUCGUGCCAUCGCAGUCGCUGCUAUUCAUCCGCAACGUCGACGAACGAGAUGCCGGAAGAUGGAUAUGCAAAGCAUUCAAUCAGUUCGGCGAACAGAAGCUGGAGAUCCAUCUCACGAUCAGCAACGAGCUGGUGGCGCACAUACAUCCCCAGAUCCAGAUUAUCAACUCGGGCACAUUCGCCCUGCUGAACUGCUCCAUCUACGGCAGCGAGGUGAACAAAAUCGAAUGGUUUCACAACGGACAGGAGCUAAGCCCACCGGAGAUAAGCUAUGGCUUUGUGGAGCAGAAUGUGCGCGCCUCGGCGUACAUCUCGCUGAAAUGCUCGGCGGCCGGGUCGCCCCCACCGCAGUUUGUCUGGCUGCUCGACUACCAGCCCAUCCUCGACGUCUCGUCACUGCACCGUUACACGAUGGAUCAGUUUCUCGACAUCAAACAGUCAC